UGUGAAGAAGUGGCGAGGACGACCCCCAGACCGACCUAAGCCCGCGCACUGCCACGUCCCAGCGCCCACGGCCCGCCACUGCCGUCACCACCACCAUGCCCAAGAGAAAGGCCAAAGGGGAUGCUAAAGGAGAUAAGGCCCAGGUGAAGGACCAACCACAGAGAAGAUCGGCCAAGCUGUCUGCUAAACCAGCUCCUCCAAAGCCAGAACCCAAGCCUAAAAAGGGAGAGAAGGUACCCAAAGGGAAAAAGGGAAAAGCCGAUGCUGGCAAGGAUGGAAAAAACCCUGCAGAAAAUGGAGAUGCCAAAACAGACCAGGCACAGAAAACUGAAGGUGCUGGAGAUUCCAAGUGAAGUGUGUGCAUUUUUGAUAACUGUGUACUUCUGGUAACUGUACAGUUUGAAAUACUAUUUUAUAUCAAGUUUUAUAAACACGCAGAGUUUUGUUUUACUUUUUUUUUUAAGCUAUGUUGUUAGCACACAGAACACUUCAUUGUUGUUUGGGGGGAAG